AUGUCGGUUGGAGAGAUCGCUUUCACCUACGCUUCCUUGAUCCUCCAUGAUGAUGACAUCGCUGCUGAAAAGAUAGCUACACUGUUAAAGGCUGCCAACGUUACGGUGGACUCAUAUUGGCUGAUUCUUUUUGCCAAGCUUUGUGAGAAGAGGAACAUUGUGGACCUAAUCACGAAUGUUGGCUCUGGUGGCGGUGGCGGUGGCGGUGGCGCUGUUGCAGUUGCAGUUGCUGCCCCUACUGGCAGAGUUGGUGGAGCUCCAGCUGCUGUAGCUGCCCCGGCUGCCGAGGAAAAGAAGGAGGAGCCAAAGGAAGAGAGUGAUGACGAUAUGGGAUUCAGCUUGUUUGAUUAA